AUGCAAUACUUAGCUGAGCAAUGCAUGGACGAGUUCAAGGUAGGAGCCGAGGCUAUAAAAUCAUCCUUCUACGUUGAUGAUUUCAUUUGUGGAGCUAACACGUUGGAAUGCCUUCAUCAAAUCAAAACGGAGGUAAUUGAGAUACUUCGUCGUGGUAGAUUUGAGCUAGCGAAAUGGCACUCGAACUAUAGCGAGUUUGUUAAUGACUGUACGAUUAAAGAUCUUAACUUAGAAGACGAUUCAGUAACCAGCACUCUGGGCUUAAGGUGGGAUCAACGAGAAGACGUCUUUAUGUUUGCAUUUGUACUCAAGCGCACAUCACAUUCUGUCACGAAGCGGUCUAUACUAUCAAUUGCUUCGUCUCUCUUUGACCCAUUGGGCUUGGUGUCACCUAUCAUCAUACUUGCAAAAAUACUUAUACAAGAGCUUUGGUUGCUAAAAUUACAGUGGGAUGAGUCAGUUCCGCACAACAUUCACACCGCAUGGACAUCGUUCCUCUCAUCGCUUUCAUCGUUGGAAUCGCUAACUAUACCGCGCUAUUGCCUUCAACCCAGCGUUCAGAGCCUUCAGUUGCACGGCUUCUGUGAUGCCUCAAUUAGGGCUUAUGGAUGCUGUAUAUAUGCACGCACAGUUGACCCUAGCGGUGAAGUCAAGGUCACGUUGAUUACAUCCAAGUCGAGAGUCGCCCCAACGAGGAAACUGUCAUUGCCCAAAUUGGAAUUAUGCGGUGCUCAUUUGCUGUCACAACUUUACGCUAAAAUAAAGGUGAAUUUCGGCGAUACCCAAUAUACAACGUAUCUAUGGAGCGAUUCACAAAUCGUUCUACACUGGAUUCAACAGCAUUCCGCCGCACUAUCUACGUUCGUAGGAAAUCGUAUUUCUGAAAUACAACAAAAAACAUCUUGUUGCGAAUGGAAAUACGUUUCAACGCACUAUAAUCCAGCUGAUCUGCUUUCCAGGGGGUGCUCAGUGAGUGAGCUGCAGCAGUCCAUAUGGUUCGAAGGGCCGGCAUACCUGCAACGCCACCAAGACGAGUGGCCGACGCACCAUCGAGGUGAUAUUGAUCAAGAUAUAGUGAACUUAGAGAAACGUAAAUCGGCUUUCGCUACUGUUAAUGCCACUAACGACCUACUCGAAGCAGUGUAUAAAAUUAGCUCGCACAGCCGAUGCUUACAAAUCGUAGCCUGGAUGUUUAGGUUCAGCAACUUAAGUAGAAAAUUGGGUUCGUUCGAUACAUUGUCGCCGUCACCACAAGAGCUGUUACAUGCUUUGCAUUGCAUCAUUUGGAACCUGCAAAUAAGGCACUAUUCCGAUGACAUCAAAGCACUUCGCAAAGGCCAACAGGUCUGUAGUAAUCUUAAAUUUUUAAAUCCUUUUUUGCAGAUAACUGACGGGUUCAUGCUGAUGAAAGUUGGAGGUCGAUUGGAGAUGGCAAAUAUUCUGUAUACACAGAAGCACCCGAUACUACUUCCAGGCAAGGAUGACUUUGUCCGCCAGUACGUGCAGUUCGUUCAUCGCCAAAAUUACCAUGCGGGUCCAAAGGCAUUAGUUGCACUCAUACGCCUACGCUUUUGGAUCAUCAAUGCACGGGAUUUAGCUCGCCGUGUCGUCCGAUCUUGCGUGCACUGCGUUCGUUAUCGGCCAAAGCUGGAAGGGCAAAUAAUGGGUCAGCUUCCCGUCGAACGGCUCACCCCAUCAAGACCAUUUGCAAGAUGCGGAGUGGAUUUCUGCGGUCCAGUCAAUACGUACCUACGCCUUCGAGGCAAGGUUCCCUACAAAAGCUACAUCGCAAUUUUCGUGUGCUUCGCGACGAAGGCAGUGCACGUUGAAGUUGUGUCAGACUUGUCGUCCGAUGCAUUUAUCGCCGCCCUGAAACGGUUGGUAGCCAGGCGUGGACUACCGUCCGAUAUCUUCUGCGAUAAUGCUACCAAUUUCGUUGGAGCCAGCAACCAAUUAGAGGCCCUCAAGCAAUUUUUGUUUAAGGAUGACACAAUCAAAUCGAUCAACAAAUUUUGUGUACGUGAGUUCAUCAACUUCCAUUUCAUCCCUCCCAGAGCCCCCCAUUUCGGCGGCUUGUGGGAGGCUGCAGUUAAGAGCGUCAAGGGACUAAUCAACCGCACUCUUAUGAACGCUCGUUUAACAUUCGAGGAGCUUACAACUGUCACAGCUGAGGUGGAGGCGAUUCUGAAUUCUCGCCCUUUGUCACCACUCUCUUCAGACCCGAAUGACCUAGCCGCAAUCACCCCGGGCCACUUCCUCAUUGGCGACUCAUUACGUGCAUUGCCCGAGACACCCGUCACAGAGCUGGGUAAGUUAGAACGAUGGCGAAGAGUGGGCGCGAUCAAACAACAACUUUGGCGUCGAUGGUCGCUGGAGUAUAUCAAUGAGCUGCAGGUGCGUAGUAACUGGACCAAGCCAUCCCCAAAUGUGUGUGUGGGAGCGAUGGUUAUCGUGCAUGACGACAAUUUACCACCGCAGUGUUGGAUGCUAGGUCGUAUCGAAAGAGUCAUACGUGGAGAGGAAGAUCAAGUGCGCGUGGCUGAUGUUCGCACUGCAAAGGGAGUUAUCCGCCGCCCCAUACAUAAGAUAGCGCUAUUACCAGUUACUUGA